UUGCUAGACUCGCGUCGUAACCACGACAACGUUCAAAACACUUUUUAUUCAACUUUCAAGUGAAAGGAUGGACUCUCCUGAAAAAAGUGGAAAACCACAAAACAAAGAGUCAUCGGAGGAUGGAAAUCAAGGCCUGGAGUGUGCGGAAGAUCUUAAAGAUGAUCAGAGCGUUAGAGAUGAUCAGAGCGAAGAAGACUUGGAAGCGGCUGAGAAAGCCAUCCAGGAACGAGCAGAGGCGGUCGCUUCACUUAAUCGGAGGCCCAGCACCUCUGACCAAGAGCUUUCUGUGUUUGAUUUUUUACUGAAUUUCCUGUUCAAACACGGCAUGACGGGAACUUUGGCGUGUUUUGAAGCGGAAUGGUCUGAGCUACUGCUGAAUGGAGAUGUGGAUGCGAAGCAGAUCGACCUGAUCCCGAAAGUGUACACUGAGACCGAGCAUUUGGCCCGAGAGCUGAAAAGUGCUUGGGAGGAGAAGGAGGAGUACAGGCAGGCGGCCGCUGUCGCAGCCGAGUCCCUGCAGAGGGCCAAGAGAGCCCACGAUGCCCACCGGUUGGAGCAUCAACGGCUGGUCAGAGAGAUAAACAAACUCAUUGGGGACAUAAAUAAGCUGAAACUGCAAUGUGAGGGCUACCAGCCUGAAAUAAAGAGGAUGACUGACAAAUGCCAGGCGUUGUCAAAGCAAGUCCUGCAGGUGGCGGUGGAGAGGGACAAAGCGCUACUUCAGGGGGGCAAUCAGGCUGCCCGACAGGAUGCCUCCUCAUCUCAGACCAAUAAAAACAGCGGUUCAAUGAAAUGAAUCUAACUUCAUAACAAUGUGCUUUAUUCCUUUUUGAAUUUUUUUUUUAAAAAAAAACGUGUCACCUUUUGGAUAGGUGACAUAAAUCCGUUGUCGGAUAGAGUUUUCCAAUACAGAAUAUACAAUAAACGUAAUUAUUAAUGCACAAGA